GAUAACAUUACAACUAGCACAAGAUUAUUCCUCAUUUAAUAGUACUUCUAAAUUCUAUUACUUCAUCAUUGUUGCAACCGACUAUAAACAACUUGUAGAUCUUAAAAAUCGUCUUCACGUGUACCUUAGAAGAAUAAUCACAUCUUCUAAUACGUUCGCCCCUCUUCGCCUAAGUAUUACUUAAUCUAGCGCAUUUUUGGUUAGUGGGUGGACGAAAACGAUCUGCAAAUGGGGGAACAAAAUGGAACGCAUACAUUACGGACUAGCACUUCUGCUGUUAUCAUCAAAUAUAUUGGGCCAAUACAAUUAUCCUACUCCUGCAACUCCCUUUAAUGGAGGUCCAGCGCCACAGCAAACCAGUAGCGGGGAUUUUCCUCAGCAAUCUUCAACAGGAGCAACAGGUUAUCCCAGCUCUGGAACAUUAAAUUCGAACAAUUAUCAAAAUCUAGGAGGUUCACCCCAGCGACCAGCGUUUGCACGACCGCCAGGUCAAUCUAAUGAAUACCCCCAGAGACCUCAAAGCGGCGAUAUUCCAAGUGUGAAACCCACAG